CCGGGCGCCGGAGGGCAGGGGGCACGGAAUUUCCCAGCGCGGGGCUCGGCUCGCCGCUAUCGGGCAGUCUCGCUCUGUUUACGGAGAGAAAGGGGAAAUGGAAAAGGCGGGGAGGCGGCGGCCGGCCUCCGCUGCGCCGCCCCUGGGCCGGCUCAGACGCCGUGAGUCAGGGGCCGACAGGGGCGGUCUGGGCGCGCUGGCGGCCCGGGGCUCACUUGUCCGCUCGGCUCCGGACGACGCGCCACGCUCUGGGGCCUGUCGCCCUGGCUCUCUCUCCUGCCGCCGCCGGACCCCGGUGGCCCUGCGUGCCCCGCUCCCGAGGACCGGCCCGCAGCCGCGCUCCGAGUCGUCGGGGGGCCGCGGCGGGAGCGCUUGGCCUGCGGGGCGGCGUGCAGGCCGCAGACUCUGCAGAAAGUGCAACAGUGAUGGAGUACAUGAGCACUGGAAGUGACAAUAAAGAAGAAAUUGAUUUAUUAAUUAAACAUUUAAACAUGUCCGAGGUGAUAGACAUUAUGGAAAAUCUUUAUGUAAAUGAAGAGCCUGCGGUGUACGAACCUAGUCUGAUGACCAUGUGUCAAGACAGCAAUCAAAAUGAGGAGCACACUGAGUCUCUGCUGCUUAGUGGCCAAGAGGUGCCUUGGUUGUCAUCGGUCAGAUAUGGAACUGUGGAGGAUCUGCUUGCUUUUGCAAACCACAUAUCCAACACUGCAAAGCGUUUUUAUGGACACCGACCACAAGAAUCUGGAAUUUUAUUAAAUAUGGUCAUCACUCCCCAAAAUGGACGCUACCAAAUAGACUCUGAUGUUCUCCUGGUCCCGUGGAAACUGACUUACAGGAAUAUUGGCUCCGAUUUCAUUCCUCGAGGGGCCUUUGGAAAAGUGUACUUAGCACAAGAUAUAAAGACAAAGAAAAGGAUGGCGUGUAAACUGAUCCCAGUAGAUCAAUUCAAGCCAUCCGACGUGGAAAUCCAGGCUUGCUUCCGGCACGAAAACAUCGCUGAGCUGUACGGCGCAGUCCUGUGGGGCGAAACCGUCCACCUCUUCAUGGAGGCAGGAGAGGGAGGGUCUGUGCUGGAGAAACUGGAGAGCUGCGGGCCAAUGAGGGAAUUUGAAAUUAUUUGGGUGACAAAGCAUGUUCUUAAGGGACUUGAUUUUCUACACUCAAAGAAAGUGAUUCACCAUGAUAUUAAACCUAGCAACAUCGUUUUCAUGUCCACAAAAGCUGUGUUGGUGGAUUUUGGCCUAAGUGUUCAAAUGACUGAAGAUAUCUAUUUUCCUAAGGACCUCCGAGGAACAGAGAUUUACAUGAGCCCAGAGGUAAUUCUGUGCAGGGGCCACUCAACCAAAGCAGACAUCUACAGCCUGGGCGCCACGCUCAUCCACAUGCAGACAGGCACCCCGCCCUGGGUGAAGCGCUACCCUCGCUCGGCCUACCCCUCCUACCUGUACAUAAUCCACAAGCAGGCGCCUCCACUGGAAGACAUCGCAGAUGACUGCAGUCCAGGCAUGAGAGAGCUGAUAGAAGCCGCCCUGGAGAGGAGCCCCAGCCACCGCCCGAGAGCAGCAGACCUACUAAAACACGAAGCCCUGAACCCCCCCAGAGAGGACCAGCCACGUUGUCAGAGUCUGGACUCUGCCCUCUUUGAGCGCAAGAGGCUGCAGAGUAGGAAGGAGCUGGAACUUCCCGAGAACAUCGCUGAUGCUUCAUGUACCGGAAGCACUGAGGAAUCCGAGAUGCUGAAGAGACAGCGGUCUCUCUACAUAGACCUCGGCGCCCUGGCGGGCUAUUUCAACCUGGUUCGGGGCCCCCCGGCGCUGGAGUAUGGCUGAACAGCGGUGCGUUUGCUCUAACCCGGCCAGCAUUUGUCCCCUGGAAGCUGGUUCUGCUGGCUCUGCCUGGCGGCUCUGUAUAGUGAAUUCUGCCAUUUGUUAGGGGACGGUGUGGCUCCAAUGACACGUGAAUGCGGCUCCAGGUGGCCCCUGUGUAUUUAAUUUGUGAAGCUACUCUGGUGUGGACCAGAUCUCGAGGCUCUCAUUUCUCAGGUGGUGUGACUGCAAGGGAAGAAGCAGAGUGAGUGCACAGGAGGGUCAUUUCUGCUGGCUGAUUCCAUUCACCGUGCACUGUGCUCAAAAUUUUAAAGAUACCAACCACAAGGAUACUCUGUUAGCCAAAAUUACUAUUCUUGGUUCUUAUUUAAGUAUAGGAUCUUCAUUUAACUCAGAAUAGUUGUUUUGUGUAUAUUGGUGUAUAUUAUGUAACUCUUUGAGCCUUUGUUGUUAGAUUCUGAUGUAAACUGAAUUCAUUAUGUUUUGGGUGAAUGGAACAACUUGAAUAUUGUACCAAUAUGCUGGACUAGUGUCUUAAAAAUGGCUAACUGGUGAAUUAGGAGUCAUCUGACAGCAGGUCACGAGUGACAGUUUCUGUUAUGUUCCUAUGGAAACAUUUUGUACUGUACAUGCUAUGCUUAAAACAUUCAAAACGUGUUGUUUUUGAAUGUGGAUAAAACUGUGUAAACCACAUAAUUUCUGUACAUCCCAAAGGAUGAGAAUGUGACUUUUAAGAAAAAUAAAAACUUUGUAAAUGAUUGUUGUUACUUUUGUAAUUCUUAUGAUUCUAUUUUCUUUUAAGCAUUUGUAUAUUAAAAUAGCAUACUGUGUAUGUUUUAUAUCAAAUGCUUUCAUGAAUCUUUCAUAUAAAUAUAUAUUUAACAUUGUAAAAUAUGUAAGUAGUCUUAUUGAAAGUAUGUUUUUUACAUUAUGCUAAUGAAACCCAACACUUUUGUCCAA